AUGAGUGAGGUGCUGGCUGUGGAAUCGAUGGCAUAUCUCUACAAAGCCCUGAGCUUCCUUCGGGAUCUCUUUGAGGCAAUGGGGAUUCCAGAAGACCAGAGGCUAGAGAGGACGGAAGUAGUAAAAAGCCUUUUGGAUGUGAUAAUUACAGAGGAAGAGAAUAAGAAGAUGAGGCUUCUGGAAAGCAUAGCAUCACUUCGAAAACAACUAGACAGUCUGUGCUUUGAGUUAAAUGUGGAACGUUUUCAAGGGGAAGAGGGCAUCACCAUGCUGCAGCUGGAGAAGGACUUAUGCAUCCAACUGGAAGUCAGAUUAAAGCAGAAGGAGGACAGGAGGCAUGAGCUGAAAAGGCUUCAAGAGCAAGAACAGGCCUUCUGUGAGCUUCUACACACAACCCCCUACAGCAUGGACAAGGACUCAGUGCCCACCUUGGAGGAGCUGGAACAGUUCAGAUGCUACUUGGCAACCUUGGCUGAAACAAAGGCAUGCAGACAGGAGGAAUUUAUCAGCGCAAAGAGUCAGAUCCUACUCCUUAUGGAAGAGUUAGAUUAUACCCCAGACACAAGUGUUGAAAAAGACAUAUUAUGUGAAGAUGAAGAUACCUCUGAUCUGUCAUUGGAAAAGCUCGCAGCUCUGCGUGACCUGCUCCAUCAGUUAGAGGUUCUGAGAGCUGAGAAUGAGAUAGUGUGUGAGGAACUACAUUCUCAAAUCCAAAAGCUCUGGGACAAGUUACAAGUUCCUUAUGAGGAGAGAGAAGUCCUGGCUACGUUCAUGACGGGGUCAAUACCCAAGAGGAGAAAAGUGCUUCAGUCAGAAGCAGAUCGGUUGGAAAAGCUGAAGAUUCAGAACCUGAAAAAGGUGAUCGAAGCUGUCAGAGAAGAGCUGGCUCUGUAUUGGGAAAAAUGCUUCUACAGCCGGGAGCAGAGAAAAGCCUUUGGUCCCUACUAUGAUGAAGACUACUCGGAGACUUUGCUCCAGCUGCAUGAUGCUGAGGUGGUGCAGUUAAAACGUUAUUACGAGGUGCACAGAGAGCUCUUUGAAGGCAUCCAGAAGUGGGAAGAAAACUGGAAGCUCUUCUUGGAGUUUGAGAGAAAAGCUUCAGAUCCAAGUCGUUUCACUAACCGUGGUGGAAACCUCCUGAAGGAGGAAAAACAAAGAGCCAAGCUCCAAAAAACUUUCCUUAAGCUGGAGGAGGAUUUGAAAGCACAAAUUGAACUGUGGGAACAAGAAUAUUCAAAGGCCUUUGUGGUGAAUGGUCACAAAUUCAUGGAAUACGUGAUGGAGCAGUGGGAGAUGCAUCGUUUGGAGAAAGAGAAAGCAAAGCAGGAGAGACAUCUAAAGAAGAGCCAACAGAUAGAAGUUGAAAUGUUUUAUGGCAGUUCACCUAGAAUUCCCAGCAAGAGGGAAAGCCCAGGAUCCAAAAUAACAGGCAAAGUUUUCAAGUCAUCCUGGAAUAUUGGUUCCCUGGGGAAAAAGACGCUGAAUACCAGCCAACAGGAGCACAACAGGACCAUUGACUUGGAUGAGACUAUUCUGCACAAUGGAUAUUCUCAGUCAUCCCUACUCCAGGGAAAUUUCGAGAUUCAUUCUGUUGCCAGCACCUACGCUGAAUUUGUGCAAGAUUUUUCGGAGGCUUCCAAAUCUGAUGACGAUUCGGGAACUUCCAACUCUACCAAUAUACAUUCCUGAAGAGGAUCCUCUUCACCUACCAGGCUGUGGGCCUCCCUGUCUUCACUGCGGUGGUUUUGACAUCCCUGUAGUUCAAGUUUGUUCUCACUUGAGAAAAUGUUUAAACUGUCGAUUGGAUUCCACAAAAUGUCUGUGGCUUCUCAUCCUAGGAAUGGAGUUCUGAACAAUAAUGUUUAUUUACUUUGACUGUGAUGUGGCAGAUGAAGCCUUAGACUUGGAGUCAGAAGAUCUGGGUUCAAAUACUCCCUGUGCUUUGGGACAGAGGAAGUCAUUUUAACUCUGAUGUGCCUUAAGUUCGCUAUUUGUUAAAUGGGAAUAACUUACAUCUGCCUACUUCAUCUUGUGAAGAAGUUUAUAAAGUAC